UGCCAGGUGGGGCCGGGUCGCCAGGACUUUCUCCACUGCGCCAUCACCUCGCGUCGUCCGGCGAGGAAAUCGCAACAACCUCCCGUUUGCUAGCGGGGGUCGUUGGGGUCGGUGGUCUAGGUAUAUAACCCGAUGUAGGGCUCCUCUCGCCGACCUGUAAGGUACCAUACAAACUACUGUCGAGCAAACAACCCAGAGCGUUUAGAGAGAGAGAGAAGCCAGGGAGAAGGAGGAAGAGCCGCCGCGGUGGAACGCGUGAUUUGGCGUUUCCUGGUCCUAGGUAGGGUGCUCAGGGGAGUCGCCAGGACACGGGCAAGCUUUGGACGCUACAAAUUCAGCGAAUAACCAACGGGGGUGCGUGGAAUUGCUCACCGGAGCAAACCCUCCGCCGCCGAACCACCAUCCUUCUGAGCAGCGCACGCUAGCGUCCGGUUCCUGGACGCACGCCGUGAACUCGAAGUCCACCGCUCUCUGAGCAUCAAGCGCCGGCAUCGCUAGGGUUUCACGCCCCCAUCCCCCCAGGGCGCCGUCGAUCCCGGUCGGCCAUCUCCCGGUGCCUGGUAACUGAUCGUUAAUUUCAUCGAUGGGUGCCAUGGAGGACCGCAGCUCCAAGCAGGCAGGCGCGGGCUUGGUGGCCCACCUCCACGACGACCUCCUUGUGGAGAUCCUCUCCCGCGUCCCCGCCAAGUCCAUCUGCCGGUUCAAGUGCGUGUCCAAGGCCUGGCUCGACCUCAUUGCCGGUCCCGACCACCGUAAGAAGCUCCGCCAACCCAUGCAGGGACUCAUCUACAUGAAUCCAGAGAAGGACCGCCACAGCUUCAGCUUCCUGGACCUGCCACUGACAGUAGGAUCCGUGCCUCUGGACGUUGCCGACCCUGCAGGCUUCAUCUCCUUCCUGACGGAACAGCCUGGGAUCCAUCGCCUCGUCUUACUGGAUUCCUGCAAUGGCCUGAUCCUAUUCCAGCACCUUAUGGAGCUGCCGCACUACAACAGUUUGGGCUAUGUCGUGUGCAACCCGACCACGAAGCAAUGGCGAGCCGUGCCCGAGCCCAACUGCAGCUCCAAUGUACCAAUGAACUACACAUAUUUGGCUUUUGAUCCGACUGUAUCCUCCCACUUCCACCUGGUCCGGUUCAAAAAGAAUCGCGAGUACAUGGAGCCCAUGUCGGUGCAUGCUUACUCGUCUAAAACUGGGAUAUGGACCUAUAGCCAAACUGUGAAAGAAGAAGAAGAAUGGCAGAAUCAGGUCUACUUAUCUAUAAGUAAUCGAUGCGCCUUUGUUAAUGGCUUCCUGCAUUUGCUAGUUUGGGGCUCGAACAAAAUGCAGAUACUCAUUGUAGAUGUACAAGGACGUCCAAGAAGGAUGAUCAGACUGCCAGACGCGGCUGCUGGUAAUUGUGAGGGAUGCUACUGUGUUUACUUUGGCCAAUCCCAGGGGCAUCUGCACUGCAUUACUAAACAAUUAUUCGACUUCAACGAAGAGAAAUACGAGCUGUCCAUCUGGGCUCUUCAGGAUUACGAUGCACAAGAGUGGGUGCUGAAGGACACUGUGAGCUCCCUCCAGCUCUUUGGAGGAAAUUGCCCCACAAGUGUCGCAUUGGAGUUGUACAGCGAGGUGGCCAGCAUGCAUCUGGAUCGCAAUGUGGUCUUCUUCUUUUCACACUGUGAACUUAGAUUCAUAGCAUAUGACAUGGACAGCAAGGAAGUGAGUGUUUUCAGCAGUUCCAAAGCUAUACACAGGUGGAAGGUUGGUUGCUAUGUUCCUUGUUUCUCACCGGCGCCUCUCAAAUAAGCACUACAAGCUAUUAGUGCGUCGUCUAAUACAAGUAUGAGCUGCUAGCAACUUAUUAGUUAGACUGUAAUAAGGUCAAGUGAAGUAUUUCGUCCAUGAGUGUUUGGUCUAAUUAGUUCCGCAAGCCUGUUGAGGCAUUUAUAUAUAUAUGUAGUCUAUAUUUAUGGAUGCUAGUUAAAUUAAUGGAUACGUUGUAUGAUUUAUGUUUUUGGCUAUACAUAAGUUAUUAUAUGCAUGAUUUAUAUGCUUCCUUU